GGGUGUUUGUGCCAAGAGGAGCAAGAGCGGCCAGGGCAGGGCCGGGACCGCCAGGCGCGGGGAGAGCUGCAGGAUCCGAUCGGACGGCCUGUGAACACGAGGGGUCGGUCACCCGGAGACUCAGCCGGGCAGCUAAGGGUUGUGACCGGGAGCGGAUGGAACUGAGGCAGCCAGGCGACCGGCCUAGAUGAAAAGCGGAGAUGCCACCGGGUUCUCGGUGCGGAUUGCAUGGCCACAGCCGGCCAGGAGCACGAUGCCCUGCAGGGGGCGCCAGAGGCCCGCGCUCGCCGCAUCUGGAACUGGUUAGGGCUGCGCUGCUUGGCGGGCGGCGGCGUGAGCUCAUCCCGGCCCGCCCCGCCUGCGGUUUCCCAGCCGCUGCGAAGCGGACUCCACACAGAAGCGCCGAGAGCCCAGGGAGCUCAGCGUUGCAGCGGCUGCCCCGGGCUGUGGGUGUUGAGCGGGAGAAACUGCAGUGUUGUAUCCCUAGCGCUCGCCCCGUUACACUGAGAGCCUUGAGAGCCAGCCACCAGCAAGUGUCGCUGCUGUCCACCGUGAGUCAUUGGGAUGUGAAACUGGGAUGUGUCUCACCGAGGAAGCAACGGCGCGUGAGAUAAGCUGCACCUCUCUCCAGAAGCACUUUCUCCUGGUUUUAUUGGAAAAAGCAGCCAGGAGCAUAGAAAAGAUAGAUUAAUUCAAUUACCAGCCUUAAGCCCGUGCCCCUGAAUGAAUGGCAAAAGGUCCAGGUCAGCCCAGGUGUCCCACAAUGCCUACCUAGUACCUACCUCCAUAUUCAGUCAGGACUCAUACGUAAUCUUCUUAGUCACCGCUUCUUCUGACCUUCCUGUAACCCCCCAAAACAAUGCGUUUCAGAAUAUGACGCGAGGACCAUGGAAAUGACGCACCUGCAAUUGGAUUCUCUCACACAAAAGGGAAACACUCCCGUUCUAGGGGUCUGAGUUGGAGACGCCAACAGGCAGAGUACAAAAUGGUAAAUCAAGCUAGGAAAAGCCUUUCAGUGAGACGUCCCUAACCCUGCUGGGGGACCAGGGACCACUGAAUUGAAAGUUGCUGAGCCUUGUACCUUAAGGGGGUCUGGGCUGCUUGCAGAGGGUCCUGGAGAUUGCACAUGAAGGUUGUCAGGCUCCAGGAAUCUCAUGACCAGAAGUCAUGACAGAGGGAUGAGCACGAGGAGCUUGUAGAGGGGUUGGGCUGGUGCCUGUGAGCAUCCAGGGCUCUCCUCACCCUGCAACUGACCAUCACUGUCCUCACUGGCCCCAGCCUCUCCAUGUGCACUAGCAACUCUGGUCCAUCAGGUCCCCACAUGUGACACUCACGGGCCACCCUGCUCUGACCCACCAUGGGCUACACAGACUAUAAAGGAGUGACCAGCACAGUACACAUAGGGGUCCUCAAGUCCAUAAGACGCUGGUACAAGCUGGAUGAGGG